AUGAUUUCCACUUGGCGCUUGGCAUUUGGCUUGGUCCUGGCACUCGGCCCGCUGGGGCUGCUGGUGAGCGGCCAGAAGGACCUGGAGCUGGACUACUCCGAUGAGUACGACAACGUGCGACCAAUGCUCGUCUACCCGGACGAGCCGCGCCUGGAGCAUCGCCUGACGGCAGCGGCUCAGGAGUUCGGCGAGAGCAUUCGCGAUGCCUGGCAGUCCAUAGCCGACUCCUUUAAAAACUACUUCGAGGAGCUGCGCAUUGCCUUCGCCGAUGGCAUCGACGACAAUGUCGAGCCGCUCCCAGUAAACACCUGAGCGCCGAUUCUCUCUGCAUGUAAAUCUCAAAGGCUUGAAGAAUAAAAUUCAAUCUAUAACAAA